CCCAACCUAAUAAUCAUGAAUCAUGAUCAUGAUAUAUACAUAAAUAUAUAUACAUAUAUGACUGUUUAUUAUUAAAAUACAAAAAUUUUUAAAUAUUGUUUAUUUUAAAUGUCUGAAAACAUAUAUUUAAAUACAUAUAGAUAAAUAUAUAAUUAUAAUGUGCGGUCAAGAAAAUAAAAAAAUGAGUGUACAAGAUAUCGUUGAAUCACUUACUCAUGUUUGUAUUGAACUUCGUAAUAAAAUAAAAGACUCACGUGCUAAUGAUGACAUAGAAAUUGAAAAAUUAAUAAUAAAACAUAUCAAAGAAUGGUCGAGUACUGAAAACAAUUGCGUUAAUGAUUUUCAAAAAGGAUUAGAAUGGUUCAAUGUAUCAGAAGGAUUAUCAUUAAAAGAAAAUCUAAAAGGAAAAAUAAUAAUAUUAGAUUUUUUUACUUAUUGCUGUAUUAAUUGUAUGCAUAUAUUACCAGAUUUAGAAGAGUUGGAAAAAAAAUUCACAAUUCAAGAUGGAGUUGUUGUUAUUGGAGUACACAGCGCGAAAUUUUCAAAUGAAAAAGACUCAUCAAAAAUUAAAUCAGCGGUACAAAGAUACAAAAUAAAUCACCCAGUGGUAAAUGACGCGAAAUUAUCAAUGUGGCGGGAUAUCGGUAUCAGUUGUUGGCCAAGCCUAGUUAUUUUAGGACCAGAUGGACAAAUUUUAUUUGUGCUAGUGGGUGAAGGUCAUCGUAAGGAACUUAUUUUGUACACAAAAAUAGCAUUGAAAUAUUUUAAAUCUUUAAAAAAUAUUUCAAAUCAUGAAAUUCCUUUGAAACCUGCCGCACAUUUGUUGCCGAUUGGUCGUGAUAUUUUAUUUCCGGGAAAAAUUCAAAUUAUUGAGUCUGAGAAUGGGGAUGAGAAAAUUGUUGUAUCGGACACGGGGAACAAUCGGAUUUUGAUUUUGGACUUUGAUGGCCGGGUCGAACAAAUUAUUGGCGGGUACUCGAGGGGUUUUAAAGAUGGAAAUUUUAAAGAAGCAAGAUUUAAUGCGCCUCAAGGAGUUUGUGGACUUGGACAUGAAAUUUUUGUGGCCGAUAAUGAAAAUCAUGCAAUUCGAGUGGUAAAUUUAAAAGAAAAAACAGUGAAAACUCUAGCAGGUAUUGGAACCCAAGGGAAUGAUUAUGUAGGAGGAAAAACCGGUUCAGAACAAGCACUGUCAUCACCCUGGGACGUAGCAAUUUACCAUCAUACUCAAAAUGAUAAGUCGGUACCGAUCUUACUGAUUGCUAUCGCAGGAACACAUCAAAUAUGGGGAUACUUUUUUGAAGAUACUAUUUGGUGGAAAAAUCGUCAGUAUAAAGCUAAAACGUGUGCAGCGAUAGUGGGUAGCGGAAAAGAAGAGAACAGAAAUAAUUCAUAUCCCCAUGCUGCGGGUCUAGCGCAGCCGUCAGGUCUAGCUGUCUCCCAGCGACUGAAAGCUGUUUUUUUUGCUGACAGUGAAUCUAGUUCUGUACGAAGAGUUCAUUUGCAAGAUGGAAAAGUAACUGGAGUUGCUGGUGCUGAUAAAAAUCCUAUGAAUCUACAUAAUUUUGGAGACGUUGAUGGGAAUGGAUGUUCAGCUAAACUUCAGCAUCCACUUGGAGUUACUUGGGACGAUAGCAAAAGUGUUGUCUGGGUUGCUGAUACUUAUAAUCAUAAAAUCAAAAAAAUAGAAAUUGAUGGAAAAUGUACUAGUGUUUAUGGGUGCGGUAAACCCAGCAAAGAUUUUAAGUUUGAUGAACCGAGUGGUCUUGCGAUAUCAAAAAAAUAUAACUCCAUAUUAAUUGCCGACACCAAUAAUCACUCGAUAAAAUUAAUCGACCAAAACGAUCAAUCAAUUAAAACUAUUGAUUUGAAGCUUCCGAAAAAUCCAGGCCGUCCUGCCGACAAGAAAUUUACUUUCGACAUCGACAUCAGUAACAAAAAGUCAACUCUGAAAAUAUUUCUAAAACCAAAAUUCAGCAACGAUUUAAAAUUCACACCCGAAGCUCCCCAGAAGUGGGCAGUAAAAAAUUUACCCGCCUCCUGGACCGCUGAGCCAGACUCCGGAGCUAUUGGCUCAGCUCUGCUGAUUCAAAUUCCCGAUAGACAUCGCGAUAAUGAUAAAGAUAAUAAUAAUGAUAAUGAUGAUAAAUUUAUUGUCUUAUUAAAUUUAGUCGUGUGCAAAACAGACGAGUGUCUUCCUAAAAAAUUUGAAAUUAUUUUUCAUACUCACAGAAACGAUGAUUCGGAUACUGAUCUAGAAAUUUAUAAAGAAAUUGAAAUUAAUUAAUAUAGAAAAAUAAUUAUAAUUUUUUUCUCUCUCUAACAAAAGAAAAUUUUAACAUUUCUCAGUGUGUUUUUUAAAUUAAUCUCAAAUAUUAACACAAUUAUUGUAAAUCAAUUUUUUAAAUU